GCCCCUCCCCCGCCCAUGGGCGCUCCCGGGCUCGCUGCGCGGCGGCGGCUAGAGCGGCCGGAGGGCGGCCGGGCGGGCUGCUCCUCUAGUGCCCCUAGUGGGGGGAGGGUGAGCGCCCGGCUCCACCCUAAGCGCUGCGCCCGCUCCUCCACCUCGGGCGCUGGGGUCACCGCCCCCUGGCAGGGACCCGAGGCGGGUGGAGGAGAAGCCGGAGGAGCGCUCGCGACUCUCCGGGAAAGUGCUCCCCCGCCCCUCCCGGCCUUUGGUUCUGGAAUCUCUGAUCUCCUGGCAACGGGACCGCGGAACCCCGCCGACACCGAGGGUCUUAUAGGAACGGGCAGCGGCGCCGCCGCUGGGCCCCCUCUUUCCCUCCACCUUCCUUCCCCACUCCACUCCCCGUCCCCAGGACCUGUAAUAGAGCCCCAAGCCUCCCCCGUCCUGCCCAGUAGCCCAAGAUCUCAACCGUCUGCCAGGGGGAUGGAAGCCUCGCCCACCAGGAGUAAGGAGAGGAAGGGGAGCGGGCAGUCCCAAGCUGCAACGUCCUUGACUGGAGGUUCGCAGAAGCCCUCAUUGUCCCGUUCUGAGGAGUUCCUGUCCCAGAUCAGCACCGAGCUCACAGACGAGGCCUUGUUUGUGGCUGGCUACCGCGUGAACUCCGUGCCCUCCAAGAAAAUGCAGACACGGGACCAAGGGACUCAGAUAUACAAACACGAAUUCCUCACCAAGACCCAAGGCACGGACACCCGCUCUGACAGGAGCCAUGUCUGCACCAAGGCACACCUUCCGCCGUCCCGUCGUGACCAGGGAGCUCUGCCCAGCAGCUUGACCUCCGGAGGGUGAUCCCAACCCUUUUGGUGCUGCUCUCGGCCCCUCGUGCCCUCCCCCACUCGGUCCCUGUACAACAUGCCUCAGAGUUCCUCUUUCACAGCUCAUUGAUCACUCCCGUUUGUGGGGGACUGGCCGUCGUGAGCAUCAUCACCCCUGAAGCCUCCAAAUGUCUGGAACCAUCACACUCCGCUCCCCUCGCAGUGGGCAAGGACAGCGCCCGAAAACCAAGGCUUUAAUAAAGGGACAGAUCUUCCUCCUCCCAACCCAGGCAGUGCUCGUGUGACUUCUCUGGCAUGGAGAUGCAGGAGUGGCC